AUGAUGGAUGCUGCGGAGUGCGGGGUGCGGGUGAUGUGUCGCUUCAGGCCUCUGAAUGAAUCCGAAAUAAACAGAGGAGACAAAUACAUCCCCAAAUUCAAACAGGACGACACGGUGGUCAUCACGAGUAAACCGUACGUGUUCGACCGAGUGCUUCCUCCCAACACGUCACAGGAACAAGCGUACGACCAGUGUGCCAAACAGAUAGUUAGAGAUGUGCUGGGCGGUUACAACGGGACCAUCUUCGCCUACGGACAGACGUCCUCCGGGAAGACACACACCAUGGAGGGCAAACUGCACGACCACCAGCUGAUGGGAAUCAUCCCUCGCAUCGCCCACGACAUCUUUGACCACAUCUACUCCAUGGACGAGAACCUGGAGUUUCACAUCAAGGUUUCCUAUUUUGAAAUCUACAUGGACAAGAUCAGAGACCUUCUGGAUGUGUCCAAGACAAACCUCGCUGUGCAUGAAGACAAAAACAGAGUUCCCUAUGUGAAGGGUUGCACUGAGCGUUUUGUGUCCAGUCCAGAGGAGGUGAUGGACGUCAUCGAUGAGGGCAAAAACAAUCGGCACGUGGCAGUGACUAACAUGAAUGAGCACAGUUCUCGCAGCCACAGCAUCUUCCUCAUCAACAUCAAGCAGGAAAACAUGGAGACGGAGAAGAAGCUGUCAGGGAAGCUCUACCUGGUGGACCUGGCGGGCAGCGAGAAGGUCAGUAAGACGGGAGCAGAGGGAGCCGUGUUGGACGAGGCGAAGAACAUCAACAAAUCUCUGUCAGCGCUGGGAAACGUCAUCUCAGCUCUAGCCGAGGGAACCAAAACCCACGUGCCGUACAGAGACAGUAAGAUGACCCGGAUCCUGCAGGACUCUCUGGGGGGAAACUGUCGCACCACCAUCAUCAUCUGCUGCUCACCGUCCGUCUACAACGAGUCCGAGACCAAAUCCACACUCAUGUUUGGACAGAGAGCCAAGACCAUCAAGAACACAGUGUCUGUGAACCUGGAGCUGACGGCGGAGGAGUGGAAGAAGAAAUACGAGAAGCAGAAGGAGAAGAACAAGAGCCUGAAGAACAUCAUCCAGAGGCUGGAGGCAGAACUGAACCGCUGGAGGAACGGUGAGGACGUCCCUGAGGAGGAGCAGCUGAGCUCUAAAGAUCAGAAGAGCGUGGAGCCGUGCGACAACACCCCCGUCAUCGACAACCUGCUGCCACCGGGAGGAGGCGUCUCUGUUUCUGGCGACGAGCGGAGCAAAUACGAGGAGGACAUCAGCGACCUCUACAAACAGCUGGAUGACAAGGAUGAUGAGAUCAACCAACACAGUCAGCUAGCUGAGAAACUCAAGGAGCAGAUGAUGGACCAGGAAGAGCUGCUGGCAUCAACGAGGCGCGACUACGAGAAGAUCCAGGAGGAGCUGUGUCGGCUGCAGGCGGAGAAUGAGCUGGCCAAGGAGGAGGUGAAGGAGGUGCUGCAGGCCCUGGAGGAGCUGGCCGUCAACUACGACCAGAAGAGCCAGGAGGUGGAGGAGAGGGAUCAGACCAACCUGCAGCUGCUGGAGGAGCUGCAGCACAAGACGGUGUUGCUGUCGGCGGUGCAGAGGGAGCUCGGUCAGCUGCAGGAGCUGAACGGCCUGCAGAGGAAGAGAGCCGCCGAGGUCCUCAACCUGUUGCUGAGGGACCUCAGCGACAUCGGCGCCAUCAUCGGCACCAGCGACGUGAAGAUCGCCGUGGGGAACGGCUCGGCAGUGGAGGAGGAGUUCACCGUGGCUCGCCUCUACAUCAGCAAGAUGAAGUCCGAGGUCAAGUCUCUGGUGAACCGCAGCAAGCAACUGGAGAGUGCUCAGGCCGACGCCCACCGCAAGAUCCAGGCCAAUGAGAAGGAGCUGGCGUCCUGUCAGCUUCUCAUCUCCCAGCACCAGGCCAAGAUCAAGUCUCUGACUGACUACAUGCAGAACAUGGAGCAGAAGAAAAGGCACCUGGAGGAGAGUCAGGACGCUCUGACCGAGGAGCUCGCAAAACUGCAAGCUCAGGAGAAAAGACAUGAGGUGUUGGGGGAGGAGAAGGAGAAGGAGGACAUCAGCAGACCGGAUGGAGACGAGGACCUCAAGAAAACGCUGGAGGAGCAGCUGGAGAACCACAGGGAGGCUCACCAGAAGCAGCUCAGCCGCCUCCGAGACGAGAUCGAAGACAAGCAGAGGGUGCAAGAUGAACUCACAGAUCUAAACCAGGGUCUGUUAUUGGAGCAGGAGAGACUUAUGUCGGACUACGACAAACUGAAGGCUGAAGAGCAGGAGAAGGAUGCAAAGCUACAGAAACUCAUACUGCUGAAUGAACAGAGCGAGCAGGCCAGAGAGGACUUGAAGGGCUUGGAGGAGACUGUGGCUAAAGAACUGCAGACUCUUCACAACCUGCGCAAACUCUUCGUUCAGGACCUCACCACGCGGGUCAAGAAGAGUGCAGAGCUGGACUGUGAGGAAGGACUUGGCAACGUGGCCCAGAAACAGAAGAUCUCCUUCCUGGAAAACAACUUGGAGCAGCUCACCAAAGUCCACAAGCAGCUGGUUCGAGACAACGCGGACCUUCGCUGCGAGCUGCCCAAGCUGGAGAAGCGUCUGCGGGCCACGGCGGAGCGGGUCAAAGCCCUGGAGAAUGCCCUGAAGGAGGCCAAGGAGAACGCCAUGAGGGACCGCAAGCGCUACCAGCAGGAGGUGGACCGCAUCAAAGAGGCCGUCCGGGCCAAGAACAUGGCCAGGAGGGGGUUCUCUGCACAGAUUGCAAAGCCCAUCCGACCAGGCCAUCAUCCACUGUCAUCCCCCAUCAGCAGAGCCGGAGCCGUCUAUGCCCACAACUAAAACAAGCAAGUUUACCAUACCAUAAAUAACUGAAGCAUGCCCAUUGCCCCACCUGGAACCACAAGCCCCGCCCCUCCUAUUGGAGCACCAAUGGGAGGCCAUCACCAC